UGUCUACCCUCACAAGUGCCUCUAUCUGCCUGUAUUUCUGACUUCCGUUUUCUUUUACGCCCGCAUUGUCCGUCGUGUCGCCUACUCCGACUACAAAACGGAGCCCCCUGGCCAUUCGGACUCGCCAUCUAGGGAAACCCUCGCUCACCAGCCGCCGUCUCCCACACACGCAGAUUGCCGCCUGAUCCUCGCAGCGGCGUGUCCUUAACAAGCCGAACAUAUGACUUCCUACCUGUAUAUUGUUUCCAAGCUUACGACCACGUUUCCCAGGUCUUACAGUGCUGCCAAGGCAUCCUCGUCUCUGAACUCACCUGGCCCCCCCACGGACUUCGCCCGCCCCCCCCCCUCCCAGGGUUCUUCUCUGAUAGUCGCUCUUAGUGAGAUCCCCUGGACUUUCUACCACCGUCUAGCGCAAGCGCCGAUCAAGGGCAGUCGAUCAGGUACCCGCAGGGCUGUGUCCGUAACGCAUAAUUCGACCAAACAACGUGACGACCGCCACUGGGGCGAGAGAGGGAACGGACAGGCCGGGGGGCUGUCCCGGUGGCGCGCAGACGGCGAAAUCCUCGCGGCAGGCUCGGCGGGUGUUGGGAUGGAAUAAGAACUCUAAAGCAUUUUGACACCGCAUGGACACCUGCCUUUCUUGUGUUGAAAGGGGGGGGGGGGGGGGGGAA